AACAGUAUAAUUUCGGAGUGGUACGGGUACCAGUCGUUCUUUCAUGAUUUCUGGAAACUGGCGAAGAGACAUCAAACUUCCCAAAGACUGCCAGCCCACAGCUCAAAUAAAAAGCCUUUUUGCAAUUUUAAAGACGUGGAGUAAUAUAUAACAAUGAAGCUUCUUACAGCAGUCCUACUUCUUAUUUUUGUAGCGCUUGGCGCAGCGCAGAACACCGAGUCUGCAGCCACCACUGCUCCUACUAAGAAACUCACAGAGGGACCCACUUCAAAGGCAAAAACUGGGGCUACAACCAAAGCACCAAAGGUUACAACAGCAACUGCAGCAACUGCAGUACCGACAACAGCAACACCUGCAUCAACUGCAACUGCAACUGCGGCAACUGCAGGGCCAGCAACAACUGCUGGGACUGCCACUGCGCCAACUGCAAGACCAGCAACAAAUGCAAGCACCGCAGCACCCAAAACGACGGCAGCACCCACAAGCCCGACACCGGGCCCCACCACCGUGCCGCCCCCAUUUUUUACCUAUAACGUGACGAGCGCCGAUGGGCAGGUGUGCUUUCUGGCCCAGUUUUAUGCAGGGUUCUCAGGCACGUAUGAGCUCAAGAACACAUCCAUGGUGGACUUUAACUUUGAGAUGCCAGAGAACGCCAAAGUCGAUGCCAAGAAGAGCAGGUGUGGCUGGCCUUCACAGACCGCCAUCAUGUUCCUGACCUGGACCGAAGGUGCAGACAGCUUGGCUUUGGAAUUCAGCAUGGACAACGAAGCCCAAACCUUUCAGCUGAAAUCUGCCAACGCUAGUCUGACGCAUUCCCCUGCACACUUCCCUGAUAGCAAAACCACAGGGGCAGUCAAGUACGGCGGUGUCACCAUGGGAGACUUCUUCAAGGCUGAUUUUGGAUACAGCUUCAAGUGUGCGUCCACCGAGCAGAUUGCUUACAAGGCCAACGACUUUAAGUUUACCUUCUCCCAGCUGAAGGUGCAGCCGUAUGAAGUGGACAAAACAUUCGGCCAAGAGAGCCCUUGCGUAGCAGACGGAGCCCACUGGUCCCUGAAAGAGAAGGGUAACUUUUGCCUGCUGGCAGAUUUCCAACUGACCUUCACCGGGGAAUACACAAAAAACGACUCGAAAAUGGGUACGUUUACCGUCAUGCUCCCCGCAGAUGCCCGUAUCGACCUGGCCAACAGUCAUUGUGAGGAUAGCAACGCCCCUAUGGCCCAGGCUGUCUUGGCACUGACCUUCGAUCAAAACUCCUUCAUGCAGGUGUACCAAGUCGACAACAAGACGAAAACCUUCUCCCUUGUCAACGCCACGGCUAAGCUGAUGCACGAUAAAACCCACUUCCCGGAUAGCAAGGACGCUGGUAAGAUCGUUACUUACGGCGGUGCGCUCACGGAUCAGUUCCAGACUGGUCUAGGGGAUUACUACAAGUGCUCGGCCAUGCAGAAAGUAGAAUUCAAGGAGAACAAGUUUGCUCUGAGCUACACCGACUUGAAGAUCCAACCGUUUGAUGUGCACAUGACCUUCGGAAACUUGAGCCAGUGCGGUCAGGACACGCCAACUGCAAAGCCCCCCACGGUCCCUAUGGGUAACUGGACUAUCACCAGAGACAACAAGACGUGCAUGAUGAUGCAGUUUCAAGCUCAGUUCAUCAUCUCCUACCAAAAGGAAGUCGGGGGUAAAACUGAGAUGAGCAAAGUGGGUUACUACCUUCCCAACACCACCCUAGACACCGCUGAGUCCACCUGCGGCGACACUGUGGCCAUGUUUGUCGGCGCCUUCUCCCCUGAAAACCUGAAGCCCAUCAAAGACUGGGUCAUGACUCUGGAAUUCACCAUGAAGAAAGACAAGAGCUACUCAAUGACAAACUUCAGCCUGGAGUUCAUGAUGGAUGACGCCUACUUCCCGGGCCUCAACAAAUCAAUGGCCAAGAUGGUGACCGUCUUCAACAACACGACGCGCUUUGAUUCCACAGCUGGCAAUUACUACAUGUGUAACGCAAACCAGGACAUCAUGGCCAUGAACGUCAACGCAACCUUCAUGAAGCUCAAGCUGCAGCCCUUCGCUGAGCAGGUCAAGGGCGGAGGCCUCGGAAGUCCCUCUGACUGCGCUGCAGACAAUGACGUCAGUAACAUCGUGCCGAUCGCCGUGGGUUGCGCCCUGGCCGGCCUGGUCAUCAUCGUCCUGAUUGCCUAUCUGAUUGGACGAAGCCGCUCCAACCGAUCUGGGUACCAGUCGGUCUGAGAACAUGCCACACAAGUCCGCUAAAUGAUGCUCUGUAUUGAAAACACAGGUAGAUCUUUGGGCAGGGUACCAGGGAAGGUCACUGGUAAGUGAGGGUUUUCACCAUUGGUUUUGCAGGACCUUCCCGGUACUCUGUCACUAUGAAAGUAAUUGACCUAUCGCGGUAGAAUCGCGUCAACGCGCCUUGUGAAAUAUUGUCCAAUUAUAUACAAAUGGACGCGGAGACAAACAAAACUUACCGUACAAAAAUUCCAUAGGGUUGUUUAAGGGGCAGGCUAACUUGCAAACGUCGAUUGGUCAAUUGGCUGGGUCUGAAUCUUUUUUCCAGAGUUAUGAUCUAGGUUUUGGUCCAUUACAACUACAUGGGAACAAGCUGACAAUAGACAUUAUUCUGAAAGCCGUUUCAGACACUGCUUGCUACCGUCGCCUCAUUGAGAUAUUUUCAGUACAGAGCACAUUUAAGCCCCCAAUCUCUGCUUAGCUCUGUUCAAACUGAGGAUCUAAUGCCAUGAUUAUGCAAAUUUAUGCGGAUUUAAGUAGAGAUUGGCGGGGAUUUAGUGGGGUUUUUUUGGGGGGGGGAUCUUUUUGUUUCAAGAGCUGAAUAACAUAAUUGUUAUAGCUUGACUAACGUAAAGUUAACUACUUUUUAUUUGAAAAAUAUGCGUCACUUUUCUCGAAUAUGAUUAGGGUUAAUUAUGCGUCUUAGUUCAUGGCUACAGAAACUAACCUAUUAACAAGAUUUCUUUGAUUCCAAUUUCAUUUUUUUUUUAUAUGUAAAUCUUGUUUACAAAUAGCACUUUUGUGAAAUGCAUUCGACUGGAUUUUAAUGCUCUCCUUGAACCAACUGUAAAACAUACUUUAUAAUUAGCAUGAAUGUUGGUUCUGUGUAUCAGUUUUUGAUGAUGAAAUCAAAUCAAAUGCUGAACAUGGAAAAAAGAAACAACAUACUUAAAUGUGUUCAGUUUAUAUAUAUAUAUUUACAUUUUGAUGUGAUUUUGUGUUUAUUUACUUACACAGUAAGAAUUUACAAAAAAAAAUUAAAAUAUUUUUGUAAUGUUUUGAGGGAAAUUUCUUUUUGGGAUAAGCAAAGAAACUAGAAUUUCUCGCUCUGAUUCUGUAAAUGUUCUAAUUUUUAUAAAAUAUGUACACAGAUGAUUUUUAUGUUAUCCCUUUUACUUUAGCUCUUAGUAUGUAGUUCUCCUUUCAGUAGAUGUAACAGUCGCCCAUAGACUUAUUUUAGUCAUGAAUAUUAUAAAAGGAAAAAAAAUGCAAGGAAACGACGUUAGCAUAAAGAAAAGCAAGAAUCUAAAAUAAGGAUGUUUCGUAAUGUUUAGACUGAUUUGUGAUUUUGUUUUUUUGAGGGUGAAAUAAAAUAAUUAAUUUAGAUGGAAAACAGUUCUACAGUAUUUUAACUUGCAUGGUGUUACAAAAUUUGAAAGUCCAAGUACAUGUGCUUGGUUUGUUUUUUCUAUUAUUUAGUUAAUUUACUCCUUUUCCUUCACAUGUAAUUCUAGGCAAAAAUGACAUAACGGUUAAAUCCUUACUACAUGAGAAAGUCAAAUGACCCUCCAUAGCUACCACUGGGCGAGUAACUGAAUAACUUGAGUACUCGUGAGAAGUUAUGCUACUCAUUGUUCUACUUGUGGUUUUUCAUCUACUCAAGUACUCAUCCUGGCACAAGUAGAAGCACGAGUAACUGGAUUACUCGAGUACUCGUGAGUAGUUAUGCUACUCAUUGUUCUACUUGUGGGUUUUCAUCUACUCAAGUACUCGUCCUGGCACGAGUAGAAGCACGAGUAACUGGAUUACUCGAGUACUCGUGAGUAGUUAUGCUACUCAUUGUUCUACUUG